GCGGGUGGGCCCUUCGUAUGAAGAAUUUCGAGGUACCACUCCACGUGCCCCGGGGGGAGAGCACCACGCUCAGGUGUGAAUUCGACCUGCAGGGCGAGAGACUCUACUCCGUCAAAUGGUACAAAGGCGGCAGGGAGUUCUUCCGCUACGUGCCCAACGAGAGGCCCAUGAAGCAGGACUACCAGGUCACCGGCGUUGACGUUGAUAUGGAAGCCAGCACAGGGCAAGUGGUGGUGUUGAAGACGGCGACGCUAGCGACCUCCGGCAGGUACAAGUGUGAGGUGUUGGCCGAAGCACCAGCCUUUAAUACCCUGGUGGAACACGCCAUCCUUACGGUCGUGGAUAUUCCUCAGGAGAAGCCCGUUGUGAGGGGGGCACAAGAGAGGUAUCACCCAGGGGACGUAGUUCGCAUCAACUGUACCUCGGCCCCUUCCAAGCCAGCAGCCGCCCUCACCUGGUACAUCAACGGAGAGGUGGUGAAGGACAAGUACCUGGUUCACUACUCGCCCUUCAUGGACGAGGACGGGCUGGAACAGUCUACCCUGGGCCUCCACUUCCGCGCCACUCAUGCUCACUUCCCUCACAACAUGAUGUCCCUGCGCUGCACCGCCUCCAUCGGCAUCUUCUACAACAAGACUGAGGAGGCCAGUCUGGAGACUCACCGCCCAGCUCUCUCCCUCGAGAGCCGUGAACACUUCUACGGUGAGUGAUGGUGUCUCCUACUGGUGGGCCCCGUCCUCC